AUCUUUGAAUUCCAGACGCCAAAGGGUUAGCGAAACCUCUGCGAGACUGUACGCAAAGAAGAGCGCCACACCGCACCGCACCACUGCUGUCUGCUGCUGCUGCCGCUGCGUGGAUUUACCGACACGACGCGACUGAAACUCGUCUCCACAGAUAAGUAGGAAAUUAAGAAUCCUUGUUUGUCACGACGCAUUUCUUACCGACCAACAACAACAACUAAAGUAGCCUCCAGUUUGCAUUUAACAGCCUAUUUGGACUUUCAGACAGUCGAUAAAAACAAACGAACAAACAAAAAAAACUCUGGAUAACUGAUACAGGUGUGUCAAGUUUUUUUUUCUCAGUCCUUGUGAAUGCGUGACGUGGAAAUUAACUCGCGUUUUUUUCUUGGAUGAAAACCCGCAGAGACGCGCUCUCCGGGAACUAAUCUGAAAAUAAGACACUGGGAUGUAGUUGUUGUGGACCAGAGGGGAGGAAUCUUUUUUUUUGUACCUCAACCAUGAACUUCGUAAGAUUCCUGUGCUCAGUUUCUGCGCCUUAAAGACACAGAAAGCCAUGGGUUGAAAGUAACAGUGGGAGACUGUGGGGAUGUUCUCCGUGGGAGGGAGCAGAUUUUUCUGUCUUAUGUAAUGAUUGACAGCGCCUGACAGCCUCAUUAGUGACAGAUAACUAUAGCACCACCCUUCCCUAAUUACCCCCCACCCCCCCUUUCCCCUGCUUGUCUAGAAAGUUCUUAUGUAUUUGAUGCUAUUAAAUACAAUAUUUUGCAGAUAUGAGCCACAUAUAAGUAGAUUUAUUAAUAUUCGUAGUUCCAUACUGUACUCGGAAUCAUCGGGACAAGAAGAAGUGGAUUAAAUAUUUACUUCUGACUCACAAAUAUCAGUUUAUGCCAUUGAUAAUUGGGUUCAACCUCCAAAUUCACCAUGAUGCCCCUAAAUCUUGAACUGCUCCCUGCUGAUGUGACUUCAGGGCGUGGGACCAGUGUGCUGAGCUUCUUUUUGAUCUUUGAACUCUCGUCAUGGCGUUGCAUCGUUUUUAAUGGCCGCUAAGAUGCUAUAAUGGUCGUAUCUGCUUGAGGACAUGUAGUCACGCUGACAUUCUCAACCCUUUUUAAAUCUCAGUGACUUCCUGUUUGUGAACACCUGAAGCUCACUGUUCGUUUUCACCAGAGCAUUCCUCGGUGCCUCCCUCCCCCCCACUCAUCAGGGCUGGUGGGGGGGGUGGAUCCGGGCCCCCACGGGGUCAAAAUUGUGGUGGCGGCGGCCGGCGGUGGUGGUCAUACCCUCAGAGGCAGGGUGUCCACCAUGGAGACUAGCCCAGAGAGCCCUAACCGGGCGGUGGAGUACCUCCUGGAGCUCAACAACAUCAUUGAGAGCCAGGCCAAGCUCCUGGAGACUCAGCGUCGCCGCAUAGAAGAGCUGGAGGGCCAGCUGGACCGGGUCAGCCAGGAGAACCAGGGCCUGAGACAAGACCGCAGCCCGCAGACACCGGGUUCGGACACACCGGAGCAGAACCACAACCACAGUCAGCCCCUGUCGCUCACCAGCCAUCGUGGUGGUGGUGGUGGUGGUGGUGGCAGCAGCGGGAACGGUAGUGCCCAAACAGCUCAGGCGACAACUGGAUCAACCACGACGGCAGGGCCCAGCAGAGAGAGGAGGACCCACACCAGGUUGACCAGAGGUCUCUCCUGCGGCUCCUCUACCACCGAGCGAGACCGGCUGGAACGCACCGACAGUACAGACACCAACGCCAGUUCCACCAUACGUAGAAAUGUGGAAGGUGAGUCCCAGUGUCCAGAGACGGGCGCCCACAAAGACGGCUCGUUCAGCCAGAUGCCAUACCUGCGCAGCUCCGAACUCUACAGUGACAACAGCGGCAGUAGUGUACCCUCUGGGGCCAGAGGCCCCCAAUGCGUGGCCAGCUCCAGCUCAGCCAGCUUGGCCUGGGCGCUACGGACGCGGCACCAACCUGCUAGUCUGGCCCUCCGCAAGCAAGAGGAAGAAGAGAACAAGAGAUGCAAGGCCCUUUCAGACAGCUAUGAACUCUCAACAGAUCUGCAGGACAAGAAGGUGGAGAUGCUGGAGAGAAAGUACGGUGGCUCUUUUGUAAGUCGCAGAGCUGCGAGGACCAUCCAAACUGCCUUUAGACAGUAUCGCAUGAACAAGAACUUUGAGCGCCUCAGAAGCUCCGCCUCAGAGAGCCGCAUGACGCGCCGCAUCAUCCUGUCCAACAUGAGACUGCAGUAUUCCUUUGACGAGCGACCUCAGCAGCAGGCCCAGACACAGACCAACUUCACCCACAGCGUGGCCAUCGGGCCUCCUCAUUCGCCAGACACAGAGCGUCCAGGAGACUACACCCACCUUGAGGACUCCUUCUCCAAACAGGUCAAGUCUUUAGCGGACUCGAUAGAUGACGCCCUUACCUGCCGUGCAGGUCGCAAUGACUCCCAGGAGGGCAGCAGGGAGGGUGGAGGCAUAAGUGAAGACUUUGGGGAGUGUGUGUGGAGUAGUAGCAGCAACCCUUCCUCCCAAAGAGGUCUGGGCGAGAGAACAAGGGGAGCUGGAGGAGGACUGAGUAUGCAUGGCGACAGCACAGCCACCUCGUACAGUGAUGUCACCCUAUACAUGGAUGAUGGGAUGCCGUCGUCUCCGCUGUCCCUUGACCGAGCACCCAGCAGCACAGAUACAGAGUACUGGGGCCCCGGUGGUGGUGUUGGAGGGCGCGAGGACAGCAGGGACACCGAGGGAGGGGGUAGCAGUAACAGUCGACGCAGCACUCCCUGCACAGAGUGCAGGGACUAUCGUCUGAGGGGCGCACAUCUGCCUCUCCUCACUAUUGAGCCGCCCAGUGACAGUUCAGUGGAUAUGAGUGACCGUUCAGACCGUGGUUCUCUGAGUAGACAGCUGGUCUACGAGCAGGAGUCUGGGGUGGGAGCUGGCUCCCCUCAGGGAACCCUCAAACACUCCCCUAACACAGGCCCCCGCCAGUCCUCCACAGCAGCGGCCCAGGGUCAAACACGGGCCCCCAGCAGACCCAUACCAACACAUAUCCCUCACCAGGUGGCUGCUCACCACCAUCACCACCACCAUCCUAUCCACCACCAUCAGUACUCUGACACACCUUCAUCCUCCUCGUCCCCGCAGCAGCCCCCCACCACCCCACUCUCAUCCUCCUCCUCUACGGCUCUUCCCCCCGGUGGUCUGGAGCAGCCGUGCUGCUCUGAUGGUGAUAAUGACUCACUCAACUCCACCACCAACUCCAACGAGACAGUCAACUGCAGCUCAGGCUCCUCAUCGCAGGACAGCCUGCGGGAGCCUUUGCCACCUUUGGGCAAGCAGACCUACCAGAGAGAGAGCCGCCACAGCUGGGACUCUCCGCCCUUCAACAGUGAUGUGGUGCAGAGGCGCCAGUACCGCAUAGGUCUUAACCUCUUCAACAAGAAGCCGGAGAAAGGGAUCCAGUAUCUGAUUGAAAGAGGGUUUGUCUCUGACACUCCCGUCGGGAUUGCUCGCUUCAUCCUUGAGAGGAAGGGCCUCAGCAGACAAAUGAUUGGAGAGUUCCUGGGAAACCGCCAGAAACAAUUCAACAAAGAUGUUUUAGACUGUGUGGUGGAUGAGAUGGACUUCUCAGGAAUGGACCUGGAUGAUGCGCUAAGAAAGUUCCAGGCUCAGAUUAAAGUCCAGGGAGAAGCCCAAAAAGUGGAGCGGCUCAUAGAGGCGUUCAGUCAGAGAUACUGUGUGUGUAAUCCCACCCUGGUGCGGCAGUUCCAGAACCCGGACACCAUCUUCAUCUUGGCCUUUGCCAUAAUCCUCCUCAACACAGACAUGUACAGUCCCAACGUCAAAGCAGAGAGGAAGAUGAAACUGGACGAUUUUAUCAAGAAUCUGAGAGGUGUUGACAACGGUCAAGAUAUACCCAGGGACCUGCUUGUUGGGAUUUAUCAGCGGAUACAGAAAUGGGAACUUCGGACCAAUGAUGACCAUGUGUCCCAGGUGCAAGCGGUGGAGAGGGUCAUUGUGGGCAAGAAGCCUGUGCUGUCCCUUCCCCACCGUAGGCUGGUGUGUUGCUGCCAGCUCUAUGAGGUGCCCGAUCCAAACAGACCUCAGAGAACAGGAGUGCACCAACGAGAGGUCUUCCUCUUUAAUGACCUUCUGGUGGUGACCAAAAUCUUCCAGAAGAAGAAAACCUCAGUGACUUAUAGUUUCAGACAAUCAUUCCCGUUGGUUGAGAUGCAAGUGCACAUGUUUCAGAACUCAUACUAUCCUCAUGGUAUCCGCCUGACCUCAGCAGUUCUGGGUGGGGAGAGGAAGGUUCUUAUCGUCUUUAUGGCACCCAGUCAGCAAGACCGCACCCGCUUUGUGAGCGACCUCAGGGAGAGUAUUGCUGAAGUGCAGGAGAUGGAGAAAUACAGGGUUGAGUCGGAGUUGGAGAAACAGAAAGGUGUAAUGCGGCCCAGUUUGCUGACUGGAGGUGUGGUUGGGGGAGUAGGUGUGAAGGGUGAUGUUGUGAAUGGCACCCUGGGAAGGACAAGUUUUGAUGACAACUGCUCAGUGGGCGAGGGUCUAAAACGCACGGCGCUCAGCUCAUCUCUCAGGGACCUAUCGGAGACAGGGAAACGUGGUCGCAGGAACAGUGUUGGUUCUCUGGACAGUACCAUGGAACAUGAUGAUGACUUAUCCUCCCAGGGCUCCAUCAUUAGCAGCCCACAGCCUCACCAGCGCUAUCCAGUGCCAGGUGUAGUCCCUGGCUGCUACGGCACAGAAGAUUUCCGGCCUCACCGCCCCAUCCUGAGCCCCGGAAUGGGGGUGGGGGGUGGGCCGGGGCAACAACACACCACUGCUGGGACAGGAGUUGGGGGAGUCUCCAGCAGUGUAGAGAGAGCAGGAGCGGGGAGCGGUCCUGGGGGGAGCAGCAACAACAACAGCACUUCCUUCCUGGGUUCCCUAUUUGGCAGCAAACGCGCCAAACCGCCAGGGCCCCUUAUUCCACCGGGGCCACCCUACCCCGCACCUGUACCCCCACUGACUACGGGAGGGCCCCCUCCUCACUCCCCUUCAUCUCUGUGCCAGGUGGAGGGGGGGCCUUCCAAGAUCCAGGCCCUGCACACACAAUUCUGUCACGUGGGCCCCGUGCAGCCCCCACCACCCUAUUACCAUCACCAUCGCUACCACGUCCACACAACUGUUCCUCCACCUUUGCAAGGUGUGCUCCCUCAUACUAUACAGAGAGGCCCGCUACCCUGUCGUCCACCGCUUGGCCCAACACACGCCCAGCACCCACAGCUGGCCCAUCUCUCCCAGCUCUCCCAGCAUGGGCUCACGGGUCGUUACGCCAACAUGGUGGUGGGAUGUCCCCCCCCCCUUUCUCCUCUCUCCCAACACUCCCCGAACCCACAGUUUGCCCUCUACCACGCACAGCCCGCACACUCUAUCAGAGGGGGCGGAGGCCCUGGUACCAAACCUCCACUAACCCUGUCUCACUCCCACCCCCACGCACACUCCCAAACCCACCCCGGACACGUGCACACACCACACCCAGCCAGCCACUCCACCCAUCAAACACACUUCAUAUUCGGCACUCUGCCCCACAAUCUACCAUCCGCUACCGUCAAUGCGCAUCACGCAGCGCCCGUCGGCCCGUAUCUGCCCCAGUACCCACCUCUCUCUUCCAUCCCCCCUCCCCCACCGCACUCCCCUUUACCCCCCCCUUCGUCCCCCCUUACCCCUCUUACACCUCUCUCCCCUCACCCCCCCCAGCACCCCGGGCAGCCUCAGCAGGGGCCACAGGUGACGGGGGCUGGAGCGACAGGUACAGGGGGCAGCUCCAAAUCCAAACCUAUCAACCGGAUAAGUACCGUGGUAUGAGCAGAAUGUGGGGCCCCAGGGGUCAGAGGUCAGAUGACAGAGUGGAGGAGGUGGGCAGACCGAGGGUCAGAACCAAGUCUGCCAGGACAGAAAGUAACAGCAGCGGCUCUAGUGACAAGAGGAAACGCAGUUUGCUACGCCUCUGUUACUUUCACCUCCGUUUCCCACAUAUGUAGGUGGAGAUAAAGAGCACAGCUAUAGUUAAACAGAUCCUGCACAGAUCCUUGAAACCUGCACACAUGAAAACAAACACCUACAGUAUAUGCACAACUGCAGAACCAACCAUGUCCCACAUUUCCACACACAAUAGAGUCUAUAGCCAUAUAAUCGAAGAUGGAACUACAUUUAUAUAGGUAUAUUGCCUCAGUUUUAAUUGUUUGAAAUCUAGCUGAGUCUGUAUGAGACUAUUCAUAUUCAUAUGUAAAGUAUCACGAUGUGAUAAAGUGACACUGGAAAAACAGAGAACAAUAUAUAUAUAUAUACUGUAUAUAUAUAUAUAUAUCCAGCUGCUUACAUGGGGAUGUAAAUAAUGACUCAAGUAAAAAGAUAAGUGUAAACCACCAAAUGCCCAAAUGCAUUAAAAAGGGGUUUGGCGUUAAAAAGAGCAGAGUGUUGCAAAAAGAAGUCCCUUGACUUUGCAAUAAUUUCCUUGGCUUCAUGAUGUCUCUGUCCACUUUUGCCGAUUCUGCUUUACUGACAAACAUCUUUUUCACUAAAGAAGACCUCAGAUAUGUUGCUUUGUCUUAAAAUUCAAAACCAGUGCACGGUUUCCUAACAGUCUUUUGCUUACCAGUCUUUUACAUGUCAACAGGAGCUACCUGGCUUUAUAAGGCAUUCCUUGUGGGGGUAUGGGAAUUAAUGAUACAAUCAAUAAUAUAUUUUGAAUGUUUCUGAAGCUUCUUGCUGUUUUAUUGAUAUUAUAAUAUACCUGCUAUGAGUGAUGAAUAUUGUCCAAUACUUGUUUUGAUCAGUGAUAAAUUAUAUCAGCAGAUGUUUGUACAUGGUUAUAGAGAGUAUUACGCACAUAUAAAUCCCCUGAGUUUACCACAAUGGUGCGAGGAUAUUCUAAUAUGUGAUGUGUGAUUUAUUUACACAGUACCACGGUUUCCAUUAAAUUUCGUCUUUUUAUUCAUAAGUAUUAUCUAUCGAUUGUUGAAAACAAUGAAUGAGGUUUAGUUUUCUUCAAAUAAUUUUUGAACACACAAUAUUCCUCCUUUUCUAUUUUGUUUGACAUGAGCAAACAGGGGCACAAUUUGCCAACCAGGGUGAUUACCAAAACUUGCACUUGAAUGCAUUUGUUUAUUUGUUGGUUUUUAUGAGGCUCCCAGUAAAGGAGAAAACGGGUUUGUGGAAAAAAAACAUUUAUUUUGGAAGAUGCUAUUCCUUCAUUUUGACUCCAGGUAACUGUGCUCACUUCCGCGUAGUCAUCAGAUUUAGUCAAUGUGUGUUUUUCUAUGUUUUGCAGAAGCACGCUUUUACAUGAGGUUUUGUGGUUUUGCACACGUGAUGUCUUAAAGUCAGAAAUGGCCUUCUUCUAAUCCUCCCUCUUCUGCCACUUUUAGAAAUGUAUUAUUCUAUUUUUUGAUGCCAUGGCAUCCUGUUGAGGGCACCUGGGGUGUUUAAAAAGUAUAGCAAAGUCAAGAAUGUAACAUAGCCUGCAGGUAUAUACUGUAUUUCCCUUUUUUUCUGUGGGCCUUGUGCAAGUGUUUUCCCCUUUUGCUACUGCAAUUUUUGAAGUUGAAAUUAAGCACUGGUGUGGAUUACCUCCAGUGCCAUUAAUUACCAAGGGAAGCCACACAUACUCUGAUUCAGGGGAGAAUGAAUCAGAGAGGACAAGUCAAAGUGAAGAAGAUGAAGAAAUUCAAGAUGAUUUGAAUUUCAAAGAGAUUUGGACAGAGUGAUGAAUGUCAGACAAAUAUUUUAUAGCGCUUUGUUGGCUAGCAUUUUAUUUUUAUGGUGUCAGUUAAAAAUCUUCUUGCAUGAAAAUGUCUGCACUUAUUGAAUAGAUUGUACUGUAUAAACCUGAAUGUACAUAUUAUAUUAUAGAUAGGCUUCUUAUCAUAACUAUGGGAUGAUCUGCUCCCAGUCUGUAUUGAAGUGCGUGCAUGUGAGUGCCACUAAGUAUGUACAUAUACAGUAAAAGAGGUACGGGAAUAGAUGUUGGCCAAAAGGAAAAACUGGCUUCUUCUUUUUUCUUAUUAUUUCAGACUGAAGGUGAGAGAAUGAGUUACCAUGACGUAAAUUAUUAAGGCCUAAAAAAGAUUAUAUGUCAGUGCACUUAUUGAUAUUAUUUUAAACAGAUUAUUUACAUUUUUUCUUUGUGUUUGUAUUAUGUGUACCGAAAGAAUAGAGAAUUGAGAUGUGAAUAUUUAUUGCUUCUGAUAAAUUAAAGUGUCCUUGCAGUGAA